GGCUCUAGAGGGCGAACCAGAGGCUAAACUGCCCAGAAAACUCGAGAGGUAUUUAAUGCAUGGGAUAACGGCCGGCACAGGUCGUGCUGACAGAUGACCCGUCGGAGAGGUAGGGGGGGCAACCGGGCUGGUGGGGCUAACAACCCCAGAGGUCAACCGGCUACGCCACCUGCUACACCUCCAAACCAGCCUAGGAGCUCUGUUACACCCAGAAGCGGGGGUAUGCAGCCAGCAUGGGACCUUCGUCAGCUUACGGAAGGCCCGCUAACCCCGCGUACUCCAGUGGUCGACAACUCAGGGGGAGACAUAACAAGUGAACGUCCACGGAUCAGGAGCGGGAGAGAGGGCAACUUAACCACUGAGGUGCGCACCCCCACCGCCGCGACAAAGCGCGACGCGAGAGAUUCCGGUGCACGCGUCCGUCGGACGGGAGGAAAAUCCCGGUCGGGCAGGAAACGCAGGAAGAGGCCCUCUGUUGGUGUCACGGGUGGUGGACUACCCAAUCUUGAGAGCAAGCUCGAGGAGGAGGAUUACUACAGACAGCAGGGCGAGGCGAGGAGGGAGGCAUCGGCCCGUAAAGCUCGCGCGAUUGCCGAAGACGAACGGCAAAAAGCAGAGUCCGCGGGGAAUCACCCCGUUGAUCCUCGGCGUAGGAGUCACGGCGGGAACCCAAGACAAGCUGGUUAUCAGCCUGGAAAGCGGAAUGCGGGUAGGAGACUUUCUGCCCCAGCGGUGCUAUCUGUACGCCAACCAACAAGCAAGAAGCGAAGAAAGGCGUGCGAGCGUAUGGAAUGCGGGUGGGUUACAGACCACCCUGGCACCGAGUGUAGCAAAUGCUCCGGGAGUGUAGUGCACUCGGACGACGAUAAGCUAUGUUCGGCAUGCCACAGGUCUCCGAAUGACGACGGUUUCAGGCACCUCCGCGCGGACCGGUUAGGGCGAGCAGUAGACUUCGUGACCGCGUGGACACAAGGAGAGAAAACCCUCCCUCCAGCUCUCGUGCGAGACUUUAGGCCCAGCAAUGACUGCCUCUGCGCACGCCCAGACUGCUUCCUAGUUUUUUUCGCCGAGGAAGAAAGGAAGGCAGAGUCUCGCGUUUGCGGUACUUGUGGGUACCGGAAAUCGGGCAAGAGCAUCGUAAGGUGGUACCCCAUGGAUGCUGCAGAUGACGAUGUGGCGGAGGGGAACGCAACGGUGAGCGAUGGCCUUUGGUGGUGCGGCCGCUGCUAUCAGAAACGGUUGGACGGCAUAAAGAGAGACGAGAAACAGCCAGAGCACACAGCGAACAAUACGCAUGGAUCGGGGGGUGAGGCGCCGGUGCCUCCAGAUCCGUUGGACACGGUGCGCGCUAUGGUGGAAGAUGUCGUCCGUCGAGGUGAGAUCCUGUACUGGCAGGACGUCGCCGCUUGGGUAACAGCGGAACGCGCGAAGCUUGGCAUGGAGGAGUUACAAGGGAGAUACCCAAGAAAAAUCGUCCGGGCCAUAUUUGCAAGCAUCGAAGAGUCCGGGACUUCACGCUUGGUCAGUCACGAGCCAGCACAUGGAGACGCACGCGAGCGAGAACUUUUCCUCUUUCCAAAGACCGUUGGGGACGAGCAUUUCGUUGACUUAAUGCUGCGUGCUCGCCGUAAUGCGCCCGUACAGCCACCAUCCAACCAGCUUGCGGAUAAGGGCGGGUCUCUCAAGUCCAUUCUGAGGGAAGUCGAGAAGAACACGGAGGACGCAGACGCAAGGAUGUCCGUCGUGCGGGCAGCAGGUACAAUUGUUCGAGCCGACGUGGAGAGUGAUCCUGCCCUGAAGAACACCCCCGGGACGCGCGAGAAGCAUCGCUACGCCGAUGAGUUGGACAUGAAAGUGAAGCCACCCAGAGAGACUCUACUCACCGCGUUUCCUCCGGCCUUGGUUGGGUUAUACCAAAGCAUGACGAACAUGGCACUGUAUCGCGAGAUCAUCGCAUCAGAGACCGAGUAUCCUGGAGAGGCCUGGGUAUGGCAGACCGAAGGGCGAGAUGGGCGGCACCCUACCACCUCGGGCGACUUGGAGGGCGAGGACGGUGAUGGAGAAAAGAAGGACGAGGCCAGGCAUAUCGACAGCCUUAACCGCGACAGGCGAUCUACGCAUCGUAGGCUUCUAUUAAUGUGUACGGUGGUGGUGAAGGCCAUUUUGCGUGGUCGGCACAUGGGUUCGCACGACAUCAAAGGGGCUCAGUGGGCAAAGUCUAAGGGUACGUGUCGCGAUGUGAUCAACUUUGUAGCGGAGUACGGUUUAUGGGCGACGACGUCGCAAAUUCAGCACCGAGAAGAUUUCCACGCGAGGUUCGUAGAGGACAAGGACCUCCUGAGCCGGGACGCCGAGUGCGCCGCCAUUCCCCUGGACAACUGUGAUUUUGACCCGAGGGUCGGAGUAGGCCAGGGGGAGGGGCCUCAUCUUCCCUUCAUCGCUGCGAUGGCCUUGACAGUAGGGCCCGACGUAGGUUGAAUGGACGACUGGUGGAUGGUCAAGAGCCGGGGAUCUCUUACGGUGGAAGACGUCCUUAUGGGACCGGAGCGGGACCGGGAGGACGGAGCACGGCGGUAUAACGAGUUUUCGUCCGAACUCUACCGCGGCGUAUUCGCUGAGGCGCGGAACAACUCCGACAGGGCUGCGGCAGACACAUGCUUCGAGUCUGAACUCCGCACGGUCCGUGCUUCAUUUCCGUUGGAUGCAUCCAUCCACGAGAUACGACGACCCCGGGGUACGAGACAUCAGACGGACGAACAGCGCGCGCGACUUCUCCCCUGUAUUUCUCUACCCAGUUGCGCAGGGAGGUGCACGGGGGGGAUUAUUUUUCAGCCGCGCUGUGUGUCCGUUGUUUAUUGGCAUAGUAUUUUGUUAGUCGCAAACUGCCUGAAAGGUACGGGGGUGCUGUGUGCGUUCCGGGCCUGUCUGUGUCGUUUGUACUGGCUGUAAAUAAGGUGUUUGUUGUUUCCUUCAGAUCGGGCAUGAUGUUGAUAGGUGUGGGCAACCCGGGGGGGGCAGUCUUGUGUGCGGGGUUCGUGUGUAAGUAUUUCCUCGCGUUUUCGACACACCCAAUGCUCAGUGCGUACAAUGUAUUUGUAUGCUUUGAGACAAAACACUUCAACAAUUACAUCUAAAUAUAGUCUAGUGUGUACAUAUUGCCGGCCGUGCCUGUCUGCGUGCGACGUCAGAUAGCACAAGGUCAUCAGUGAUCAAGUUCCCCGUUAUUGGAGCUGCCGUGAUACU